GCCGCGUAGGUCGUCGAGGCCAGCGUGAUCCGAUAAUGGCAAUCACUAGCAUGUUCCCGAGUGUCCACAGCUUCCAAAGCCUGGCAUGAGCUCACCGGACGAUUGGCAGGCGGGCGUGUUCGCGGAGGCCCAGCGGAGAACAGAUGCAAAGUCCACGGGCAUGCUGGCCCGGUGGUGCUACACUAAUUGGGAAGGCGAGUGCGUAGUUGCGCAUGGCUUCGAGACUACCUGGGAUUGGUUGAAGCUCAAUUGCACGGCCAAAGGUGAGCGUACAUCUGGGGGUGUGGAAGAACAGAUUGAGGACGCCCAAGAUGGGGUCCGCUAUUUCAAAACAGUUGGCAGGGGGCCCGAAUUGUUUGCAGUUGCUGGAAAGACGAUGUACUAUCACAUGUCGAAAGGUUGCAUGGCGCGGCUGUUGCAGAUCAAGAGCUCGCCUGGCAAGAGCGAGGAUUGCUGGUACAGGUAUCCUUCUUUUCAUAUUCUUGAUCUCGGUGUGGUGGCGCCAGCUGGCGCUCCUCAGGUCGCGCGUGACACUUUACAGUGGCCCUUGGAUUCCAGAGGGGGCGGACCCAGAUGGGAAAACCAUCCUUGCGGCUGGAAGUCCAUUGGCUGCUCUUAACCUCGU